GGGAGUAGGACCAAAAUUUGAACUCUAAGUUACCCAUUUGGCUUCUCUAGCUCUUUCUUGAAGCCUUUAAUGGAUAUGAAUGAAUUGAAAUAUUGUUCUUGUGUUCAAAUUAAAUUCUAUCCAUAACGCCAUGUAUAGGCGGAGGCCAUCCCAAUAUAGCAACAUCAUCAAUGUUAAUGAAAGAACCACCUUUCAUGUUAUUAAAGAUAAGACCAUCAACUUCAAAUUUAACCCACUUCACAUUCUUCUUCUUACUAUUAUUAUUUUCACCCUAUUCUUCACUCCAACCGUUUUUCGACGCUUAUCGCACAUUCUCCCUUCAUGGACAGACCAAAGAUACACCUCAACAGGCGAUGAUUUAAGUUGGGAUGAAAUCUCCGAAGCAAUAAGCAAGAUCUCAAACUUAACAGAGAUCCAAUCUAUCGGGCUCUUGAAUUUCAACAAGCAUGAAAUCCAUACAUGGGAGAAUCUUAUAAUUCCCGAAGCCAAACACAUAGUUCCUCUUCAUCUAGACUACAUCGAUAAGAGCUUAACAUGGGAGUUGUUGUACCCGGAAUGGAUUGACGAGGAACAAGAAGAGAAAGUUCCGGUUUGCCCUUCGUUUCCAAAGAUUAAAGUUCCCGAAAGAAGGCUUGACAUUAUUGUCGUAAAGCUCCCGUGUCGUGAUGAUGUGAAAUGGGCUAGAGAUGUGGCUCGUUUGCACUUACAAAGAGCUGCGGCUGGGCUGGCUGUGAAUGCAAAAGGUUAUUAUUCGGUGCAUUUGCUUUUUGCUUCGGGUUCAAGGUGCUUUCCAUUGCCGAAUCUAUUUCCUUGCAAGGAGAUUGUGUUUCGUGGUAGGAAGACAUGGUUGUAUAAACCAAACUUGAAUGUUAUGAGAGAAAAACUUCAAUUCCCUGUUGGGUCAUGUGAACUUUCACUACCACUUCUACCUAAAGAUCAUGCUUACUCCGGGAAUGUAAGUCGAGAGGCAUACGUGACAAUCCUUCAUUCAACCGACACUUAUGUUUGCGGAGCCAUAGCUGUUGCUCAAAGCAUUAGAAUGUCCGGUUCGAAUAGAGACCUACUAAUACUCGUCGAUGAAACCAUCAACGGAUAUCAUAGAAGUGGCCUUCAUGCGGCUGGCUGGAAAAUCAAGACAUUCGAUCGAAUCAGAAACCCUAAAGCUGAGAAAGACGCGUACAAUGAAUGGAACUACAGCAAAUUUAGACUAUGGCAGCUCACCGAUUACGACAAGAUAAUCUUCAUCGAUGCCGACAUGUUGGUCCUUAGAAACCUCGACCCUUUAUUCAACCUUCACGAAGUCUCAGCCACUGGAAACGACGGUUCACUUUUCAAUUCUGGCGUAAUGGUAAUAGAGCCUUCGGAAUGCAUGUUCGACCUUUUAAUGGACCAUGUUGAAGAAAUCGAGUCGUACAAUGGCGGAGACCAAGGGUACUUGAACGAGGUUUUUACGUGGUGGCAUAGGAUUCCUAGGAAUAUGAAUUUCUUGAAGCAUAUAUGGGAGGGGGACGGUGAUGAGGAGAAGGAAAUGAAGAAGAAUUUGUUUGGUUUGGAUCCUCCGGUUUUGUUUGUGAUUCAUUACUUGGGAAUUAAGCCAUGGCUAUGUUUUAGAGACUAUGAUUGCAAUUGGAACGUGGAUAUUUUGCAAGAAUUUGCUAGUGAUGAGGCUCAUUGGAAAUGGUGGAAGGUGCAUGAUGGUAUGUCCGAGCUUUUGCAACAAUUUUGUUUGUUGAGAACAACUCAAAAGGCGCAAUUGUUAUGGGAUAGGUUGCAAGCCGAGAAGGCUAACUUUAGCGACGGUCAUUGGGGAUUUAAGAUACGUGAUGGGAGGUUAAAGAAGUGCACCGAUAAUUAUUGUUCGUGGAAAAACGUAUUGAAGAAUUGGAACAAUACAAAUCAUUCUAAUGAACACACUCUUCUAUAGUUAAUUGCAUACUAUGAUUUUUCUUAUCGUAUUGUUAAUAUUGUUUUUUUUUUUAAUUUGUUCUUUAGACCAACAUAUACACUU